AUGGCCGGUGAGAAGAACUUUGUCUCCACCGACCAAUCACAGUUACCGAUUAUACCGGCUUUCGACCCGCCCAAAAAACCGAAAAGAAACAAAUAUGCUCUGGCUUGUUCUUUCCUCGCGUCUAUGACUUCCAUCUUACUCGGAUAUGAUAUAGGAGUAAUGAGUGGGGCCAUAAUCUACAUCCAAAAAACCAUCCACAUGACCGACGUGCAAAAGGAGGUUAUAAUGGGAAUACUGAACUUGUAUUCAUUAAUCGGCUCAGCCGCCGCCGGCCGGACCUCCGACUGGAUCGGCCGCCGGUACACCAUAAUCUUCGCCGGAGCAAUAUUCUUCGCCGGAGCCCUCCUCAUGGGAUUUGCCACAAAUUACGCCUUUCUGAUGGUCGGCCGGUUUGUGGCCGGAAUCGGAGUCGGAUAUGCUCUGAUGAUUGCGCCGGUUUACACUGCUGAGGUGGCGCCGGCGUCGUCCCGCGGUUUUCUCACUUCUUUCCCUGAGGUGACAGGUAUCUUGCUCGGCUACGUCUCUAACUUCGCCUUCUCCAAGCUCCCCACCCACCUCGGGUGGCGCUUCAUGCUCGGCAUCGGCGCCGUCCCCUCCGUCCUCAUCGCCGCCUCCGUCCUCGCCAUGCCGGAGUCCCCCCGCUGGCUCGUCCUCCAAGGCCGCCUCGGCGAAGCCCGCCGCGUCCUCGACAAGACCUCCGACUCCCUCGAGGAGUCCCGACUCCGCCUCGCCGAUAUCAAGGAGGCCGCCGGCAUCCCCGCCGCCUGCACCGACGACGUCGUCCCCGUCCCCAACUGCGACAACCACGGCGGCGGCGUCUGGCGCGACCUCCUCGUCCGCCCGACCCCCGCCGUCCGCCACAUCCUCCUCUGCGGCAUCGGCAUCCACUUUUUCCAGCAGGCCUCCGGCAUCGACACCGUCGUCCUCUACAGCCCCGAGAUCUUCAAGCGCGCCGGCGUCACUCAGGACAGAGACCAGCUCCUCGCCACCAUGGCCGUCGGCUUCGUUAAGACCGUCUUCAUCCUCGUCGCCACAUUCUUUCUCGACAAGAUCGGGCGUCGGCCCUUGCUUUUGUCCAGCGUGGCGGGGAUGAUUCUGUCGAUGUUGGGCCUUUCGAUCGGGCUCACCUUUGUUGACCACUCGGACCACAAGCUCGUGUGGGCCAUCGCGUUGUGCAUCGCGGCGGUUUUGUCCUACGUGGCGUUCUUCUCGAUCGGGAUGGGCCCAAUCACGUGGGUCUACAGCUCGGAGAUUUUCCCGUUGAAGCUAAGGGCGCAGGGGUGCAGCAUGGGGGUGGCAACGAACCGGGUGACGAGUGGGGUGGUGUCGAUGACGUUUUUGUCCCUGGCGAGGGGGAUCACCAUUGGAGGGGCGUUCUUCCUCUACACGGGGAUUGCUUGCGUGGCGUGGCUAUUCUUUUACGGAUUGCUACCCGAGACUCAGGGGAAGACGCUGGAGGAGAUGGAGGGCCUUUUUGGGACUUUCUUCGGGUGGCGGUCGACGCUCAAGGUGAUGAAUGAGAAGAAGAAGAAGAAGUCGGAGAGUGGCGGUGGGAAGGUGGAAAUGGGGAGCGCCGCCGCUAAGUGA